ACAAUAACAGACCCGACGUUUGAGAGAAGGAACUAUACAGCAGACCUCGUUUGCAUAACUGUGAACAGCCUCCCUGUGGUAUUUUGUAUAUUUUAUGAUCGCAGUCAAAGGAAAAGAAUCCAGUUGAAAAAAAAUUGUAUGCCUCUACCGCACACACUCACGGCAGUCCCGCAGAAACAAUCGUCGAUGUGAAUGAAUUUGUUCCUCGAUCGUAUAGGAUUAAAAGCGACAACCCACAAGAUCAUCGCCUCUAAUAAUUCCUACGGUUCGACUUACCAACGAAAGCCUGGUGAGUUGGCGAGUCACCAUGGAUUUUAAGAUCGGCUCAGGACUAUUCCUGUGCCUACUCUCAGUGGCUCUACUGCCGGUCGGUUUGUGCCGGUCUGCCGGGGCGCCAUUGGAAGCUUGCACCUCUCUUACACCAGGGCAUGGUCCGUCACCGCAGACGGGGACCAGCCCCUACCUGUUGGAGGCGAUAUCGGGAAGUACUUAUACUGUCGGAGGAACUGUUACAGUUCGCGUCAAUGCAAAUCCGGCGUCCACCACCUUCCGGGGCAUGAUCUUGCAAGCCCGCCGGACUAGCGACGGUACAAGGGUAGGCACCUGGAUGCUACCGGCUGGUGGUGGUUACCAGUACGUGGAAUGUUCCGGCGCCGGGGAUCAAUCGACGGUCACUCACACCGACGGUAUAGACAAGUCACUACCGGUGUUUUUUACGUGGAACGCACCUACCCAGUCAGUCGGGGACGUCCGGUUUUUGGUUUCUGUUGUUCAAAACUUUUCGACAUUUUGGACAAACAUCGAGACAACAGUCACGGUGGCUCCACCUUGUUCAAGCAACCCAUGUCAAAAUGGAGUCUGCUCCAGCACAGAUGGUACUUCCUAUUCAUGCACAUGUAACACUGGUUUCAGUGGAACCAACUGUGACAUGCCAACAGAUGCCUGCCAGUCAUCACCUUGUCAGAAUGGUGGAAAUUGUUUCCAAAGUGCAAGUGGUGGAUUCUUUUGUGACUGUCCUGCUGGCUUUCAGGGCACUCAGUGUGAAGUAAUCACUCCAUGCGUGAGCAAUCCAUGCCACAAUGGUGGUACUUGUUCCAGCUCAGAUGGCAUGGCAUAUACCUGUAUGUGCAACACGGGUUUCACUGGGAUUGAUUGUAGCUCAGUGGCUCCACCUUGUUCAAGCAACCCAUGUCAAAAUGGAGUCUGCUCUAGCACAGAUGGUACUUCCUAUUCAUGCACAUGUAACACCGGUUUCAGUGGAACCAACUGUGACAUGCCAACAGAUCCCUGCCAGUCAUCACCUUGUCAAAAUGGUGGAAAUUGUUUCCAAAGUGCAAGUGGUGGAUUCUUUUGUGACUGUCCUACUGGCUUUCAGGGCACUCGGUGUGAAGUUUCUGCACCUUGUUCAAGCAACCCAUGUCAAAAUGGAGUCUGCUCUAGCACAGAUGGUACUUCCUAUUCAUGCACAUGUAACACCGGUUUCACUGGAACCAACUGUGAUACACCAACAGAUCCCUGCCAGUCAUCACCUUGUCAGAAUGGUGGAAAUUGUUUCCAAGGUGCAAGUGGUGGAUUCCUUUGUGUUUGUGCAAGUGGCUUUCAAGGUACUCGGUGUGAAGUGGCUCCACCUUGCUUAAGCAACCCAUGUCAAAAUGGAGUCUGCUCUAGCACAGAUGGUACUUCCUAUUCAUGCACUUGUAACACCGGUUUCACUGGAACCAACUGUGACAUGCCAAUAGAUCCCUGCCAGUCAUCACCUUGUCAGAAUGGUGGAAAUUGUUUCCAAAGUGCAAGUGGUGGAUUCUUUUGUGACUGUCCUACUGGCUUUCAGGGUACUCGAUGUGAAGUUUCUGCACCUUGUUCAAGCAACCCAUGUCAAAAUGGAGUCUGCUCUAGCACAGAUGGUACUUCCUAUUCAUGCACAUGUAACACCGGUUACAGUGGAACCAACUGUGAUACACCAACAGAUCCCUGCCAGUCAUCACCUUGUCAGAAUGGUGGAAAUUGUUUCCAAAGUGCAAGUGGUGGAUUCUUUUGUGACUGUCCUACUGGCUUUCAGGGCACUCAGUGUGAAGUUCCUGCACCUUGUUCAAGCAACCCAUGUCAAAAUGGAGUCUGCUCUAGCACAGAUGGUACUUCCUAUUCAUGCACAUGUAACACCGGUUACAGUGGAACCAACUGUGACAUGCCAAUAGAUCCCUGCCAGUCAUCACCUUGUCAGAAUGGUGGAAAUUGUUUCCAAAGUGCAAGUGGUGGAUUCUUUUGUGACUGUCCUACUGGCUUUCAGGGCACUCGGUGUGAAGUUUCUGCACCUUGUUCAAGCAACCCAUGUCAAAAUGGAGUCUGCUCUAGCACAGAUGGUACUUCCUAUUCAUGCACCUGUAACACCGGUUUCACUGGAACCAACUGUGACAUGCCAACAGAUCCCUGCCAGUCAUCACCUUGUCAGAAUGGUGGAAAUUGUUUCCAAAGUGCAAGUGGUGGAUUCUUUUGUGACUGUCCUACUGGCUUUCAGGGCACUCAGUGUGAAGUGGCUCCACCUUGUUCAAGCAACCCAUGUCAAAAUGGAGUCUGCUCUAGCACAGAUGGUACUUCCUAUUCAUGCACAUGUAACACCGGUUUCAGUGGAACCAACUGUGACAUACCAAUAGAUCCCUGCCAGUCAUCACCUUGUCAGAAUGGUGGAAACUGUUUCCAAAGUUCAAGUGGUGGAUUCUUUUGUGUUUGUGCAACUGGCUUCACUGGUACUCAGUGCAACGAUAUGUCAAAUCCCUGCCAGCCGUCACCUUGUCAGAAUGGUGGAAGUUGUUUCCAAAGUUCAAGUGGGACUGGAUUCUUUUGUGUUUGUGCAACUGGCUUCACUGGUACUCAGUGCAACGAUAUGUCAAAUCCCUGCCAGCCGUCACCUUGUCAGAAUGGUGGAAGUUGUUUCCAAAGUUCAAGUGGGACUGGAUUCUUUUGUGUUUGUGCAACUGGCUUCACUGGUACUCAGUGUGAAGUAUCAACGGGUCCAUGUGAGGGUCAGCCUUGCCAGAAUGGAGGGACGUGUGUUUCACUCGGGACAACAUUUGCUUGCAACUGUCCAGCUCUCUACGUGGGAGACCGUUGUGAAAUUCCUGUGCCGUGCACAAGUCAACCGUGCCAGAAUGGAGGCACGUGUAUUUCAAGUGGGACGACAUUUAGUUGCACUUGUCCACCUUUUUAUUCAGGAAGUCGCUGUGAAAUUCCUCCAGCGGUCUGUGAUCCCAAUCCAUGUCUGAAUAACGCAGAUUGCACAAUAGCUGCAAACCAAGCUUUCUGCCAGUGCUACAAUGGAUACACUGGACAGUUUUGUGCAACCCCUCCAGAUAUCUGUGCCAGCAACCCAUGUCAGAAUGGGGGCACCUGUGCUCAGGUUAGUGACCUCGUGCACGUUUGUUACUGUCCCACUGGCUACAGCGGAUUGGACUGUGAGAUUUCAGAAAUUUGCGCAAGUAAGCCAUGUGAAAAUGGAGGAACCUGCAUAGGCCAAAUGACAACAUUCACCUGCAUGUGCACAGACCAGUUCACGGGUGACAGAUGCAACACUCCGGUUGAUAAUACGCACCAGUGUAACCCAAACCCAUGCCAAAAUGGCGCAACAUGUUUCCGAGAACAUGGAUCGGAGGUCCAAUACUUCUGCCUUUGCACCUCCGACUAUUCAGGGAAACAUUGUCAAACACUGGUUCCUGUGGGAACCACAUGUGACUCUAGCCCAUGUCAAAACAGUGGCACCUGUACACCCUUCGAAGUUGGAAUGGGAUAUACGUGUACCUGCUUACCAGACUUUACAGGGGUCCACUGUGAGAUCUAUAAGGAUCCCUGUGACUCGGCACCUUGUUUGAACGGAGGCACAUGUCGAACCAACGGUAUUGGCUAUUUCACAUGCGUGUGCCCAGAAGGUUUCACGGGGACAGUAUGUGAAACUGUCGUGAAUGCCUGUCUGUCUUCACCUUGUAGGAACGGAGGAACGUGCACGCCGAGUGGCAACUCAUUCACCUGUUCUUGUGCCCCAGGCUACAUGGGUGACACAUGUGAAAUCUACCGCCCAUGUACCUCCAGCCCCUGCUUAAAUAGUGGCACUUGCACUGAAGAUUCAACGGAUACUGAUGGCUACGUCUGCACCUGCACAGAUAUAUUCACAGGGCAUAACUGUGAAACUGUGAUCCCUACUCCUUGCAGACCUAAUCCUUGUGUGAACGGUGGAAACUGCUCUUUGGUCCUCGGACCACCCGAAGACUACAUGUGUACCUGCCUGCCACAAUUUGAAGGCACAAACUGUGAGAUUGAGAUGGGCCAGUGCCCGCCCUCACACUGCCUGAAUAAUGGAACCUGCACGGUCCUACCUCAAGGAUCUGGUGCCAUGCCCGUGUACCAGUGCACUUGUCCCAUCACCCAUUCUGGAGAUCGAUGUGAGACAGAUAUCUGUGUAAAUUACUGCGUGAAUGAAGGAAACUGCACAGUGAGCAGUGGAGGCCAGGCUACCUGCAGCUGUCCAGUAGGAUUCUCCGGAGACCGUUGCCAACUCACUCCAGAAACAUGCGACAACAUGCCGUGUCAAAAUGGAGGCACCUGCAGAGUUAUGAAUGGCCAAGCUGAAUGCACGUGCCCGACAGCAAUCACAGGACUGCUCUGUGAGAGAGUUCCCUGUGAACUCAUCACGUGUGACAAUGGAGGGACCUGUGUUGAGACCCAGAUGGGACUGGGGUCUUGCCAGUGCGUCCUUGGAUUUGAUGGGCCGCUGUGUACAAACAAUAUCGAUGACUGUGCUAGUGAUCAGUGUCUCAAUGGCGCAAGCUGUUUGGAUCUGAUUAACAACUACAUGUGUUUCUGUGCCAGCACGUACACAGGGAGAAAUUGUGAAUCCCGGACUGAAGUGUGUGGCACUUUGAAUGGUAGGUGUGAAAAUGGAGCAACAUGCGAGCCUGCCAUGAACAGGUGUCUCUGCCAGCCAGGCUAUGAAGGGCCUCUCUGUGCUGAUGAUGUGAAUGAGUGUGCCUCCAAUCCUUGCAUGAAUGGUGGAGUCUGUGUGAAUCGGGUUGCCAAGUAUCUGUGUGCCUGCAAGGAGUUCUUCACAGGGCCCAAAUGUGAAAUCUCCGAGAAUAAGCCAGAAAACCAACCCCAAACAGGUCCUUUGCUGGAACCUUGGUGGAUAGCGCUCAUCUGCCUGAUCGGAGUCCUCUUCGUCAUCUUUGUUGUUAUUGUCAUCUGCACCAUGAAUCGUAGUCAUGACGACGACAAGAAAAAAAUAGUCAUCUAGUGUCUCUCCUCCUUAGUUAAAACCCUUAGUCUGUUUGCAAUGUAUAGGUAGUAAUGCCUUGACCGUGCAUUUGACCCAAAAUAUGUUGCAUUGAAGUUGUAAUACAAAUGCAUGUGCACUCAGAGUCAUGUGGAUGGUGGGAAUCUUAAAGGAACCACCCUUUGCAGGUUGUCCAAGGCCAAUGUGCAUUCAAACUCUUUAUCUGAAUAAGGCCUCUGGCCAGGCCACAUGUUGUAACUCAUCACGUGUUCCGCAGAAAAGCAUGUUUUCCCCCAGUCUUACAACUUGCAAUGCAAGCAGUCGGCUUGACUAAGCUCUAUUGCCGGGCCCCAGACACAUUCUUAAUGCAUUAUCUCAGCUUUCUAGAAUCCUGGCUGUCCAUUUAUUUGACAACAUUUUGCUUUGAAUGGUAUGUUACUUCCAAUUUGUUAUUCAUUGUAUGUAGAUCUUUUCCUCAUUUGUAUUUUUAGUGCCUAUCUUUAAAUAAAAAAGAAGAAAAACAACAACGGUUAAAAAGCUGAGAUAUCAGCUUGUUGAAAUGCAAUUUUACCUACCGUUUUCGCUCUGCAUUAAAUGGGUAAGUAAGUGGUUGUUAAGUAAGUUUAGCAUGUAGCAUAUGUAAUGUUUUGAUAGAUAAUGUUAAGGCACAGGGUUUAAAUGUUGAUAUUGAAAAGCUGAAUUCAUUGUCAGAAAUUUUACUGGCUAUCAGUAAAGCAGAUGUUUCGUAUCUAUGCAAAUUCAAACUUUUUAUAUAUUACUGAGAUGGAAUAAGAAAUUUUAAGCACUUAAAUUUCGAUGUUGUGAUUUUCUUGUACUUAAAUACAUUUUCUUUAUCAGCAUUGGUGUUUUGUACUGAUAAGCAGAUAAUCAUAAUUAUUGUAAAUUAGAUUUUGAUAAGAAGUGUACAAUGAGACAAGUAUGUAAAGUUUGACUAAUCUAAGGGAUCUGAAGAAGUAGGCCUACUGUUGAUACAUCUAAGACAUUGAAUUAAAGUGAGGGAACUUUGGUAGCAUAAUGAAAUUCAAACUUGUUAAUGUCAAAGCUAUACUGCGAAAGAAUCCUUUAGGGGGUGUUCAUGAGGCUAAUCAAAAGAAGGUAUGGACACGUCUUUUCAAGGUAGUGUAGGUAUAUAUGAAACUUGUGGAUGUCAUUUUUCUUAUUCUCGUUGCAAGGUCUGAAACCAAACUCCAAGAAUUCAUUCCUCAACCAACUGGUUGAAAGGAGUUUCUUUGUUUGGUGUUGCAAAAGCACCAAAUGGCCAACACUGUCACAUUUAUUACUGUACUAUUGAAAUUUAUCACAAAUAAGUCCUGCAGUCACUCAAAUUGUAUGAAGUACGCUAACAUGAAAUAUCUAAUUAAUAGCCCUCAUAAAGUUUUAUUAGUUUAAUAAUAUCUAAUAUAUAUUUCUCAUUUGGGCCAUGUUAAUUCAAUGAAACAAGUGAAACAUUUUAUUUGUGUCGUUUGCUUGUUAUUACGAUUAAAUGUAAACUUUUAUUACUAAAAGCAAAUCAAAACAAAAGCUGACAAACCUCCGAUGCGCUUUCAAUUAAACCUUCAUUGAAUAUCUGUUAAAAUUGGCAGAUGCAUUUUGCCUUUCCAAAACUGAAGUCUUUCAAGUUAUUUGGGUAUUUAGUGAAUUAAUAAUUUAAUAAAAGCAGUUUGUUUCUAAAA